AUGUCUAUACCGUUCGUGCGUCCAUAUGACAAGGCACACGAUUUUGAAGCUGGCCUACACGUGUACUUCGUGACCAUUGACCAGGGGUUAGACUGGGAGCCAGCUCGAACCAUCGGAACGUAUCUCUGGUACAGGCCCUACGUCAUCCUGUCUCCCAGCACAUGUUUCGUGCUCGACGACGGCAUUGGACACGUGGUCGGCUACUGCAUUGGCACAGAUGACACCAAAGCGUUCGCACAGCGUUGGCGCGAUGACUUCGCUCCCUCUGUGGACCCCGAACACGUCCCCAGGCCGGAUGUGCAAACUGGAACCCCGCUCAUGGAGGGACCAGAUGUCCAGCACUUCAGAAAAGCAGUGUACGAAGCCGAUUGCAGUAUGCUGCAGAGCUGGCCACAGGUGCUGCAGCGGCAUCCAGCGCACAUACACAUCAACGUGUUGCCAGAGUAUCAGGGAAAGGGUUGGGGAAGGACUCUGAUUCAUGCUUUCUUCGAAGCUGUGAAAGAGUUGGGCGCGGCAGGGGUGCACCUGGACAUGAUACGGACUAACACGAAUGGGAGGAGGUUCUACGACAAGAUCGGGUUCCAGAUCUGUACUCAGAUGUUAGACGACGGCGAGAGUGGGGAGACCGGUGUUAGUGGCGUAGCAAUGACCCUGGUUAAGACUUUUUGA